GGGAGAGCAGUCCAAUCAGCGGACGACAAACCGACCAUAUAAACUUUUACUUAUGCUCUAGGAUUUAACAUCCACUCGGAAACGAGAAGACAAGCAUCAUGGCCAGAACCAAGCAGACCGCUCGUAAAUCCACCGGUGGCAAAGCCCCGAGGAAGCAACUCGCCACCAAAGCCGCUCGCAAGAGUGCACCAGCCACUGGUGGCGUGAAGAAACCUCAUCGUUACAGGCCCGGGACCGUGGCUCUGAGAGAGAUCCGUCGUUACCAGAAGUCCACCGAGCUGCUUAUUCGCAAGCUGCCUUUUCAGCGCCUGGUCAGGGAAAUCGCUCAGGACUUCAAGACAGACCUGCGUUUCCAGAGCUCCGCCGUGAUGGCUCUGCAGGAGGCUAGCGAGGCUUACCUGGUCGGUCUGUUCGAGGACACCAACCUGUGCGCCAUCCACGCCAAGAGGGUCACCAUCAUGCCCAAGGACAUCCAGCUUGCCCGCCGCAUCCGCGGAGAGCGCGCCUAGUCUCUGCCCGAGAUCAAUUGGCCUCAACCCACAAAGGCUCUUUUAAGAGCCACCUCACUGUAAACCAAAAGACAAACGCCUUCUCUGUCAAACUUCUUGGUCAUGCGUGUUGACAUGUUCUUGGGUCAAAACAUUAACUACUGGCACUCGGAAAGCAAACUACCGUCAUUGCAGAAAAAAAAAAAUGGUACAUGUAAAAUGCUAGCUUUUCAAUCAAAUUGGCUGUGUAAGUUAACUCGAACAGGGAAUUUCUCUAGCAGGAUGUUGCAUACAAUGACCAUAGAGAUCUUAAUUUAAAAUGUCGACUUUGUAAGUGAAGUAUAAUAAAGAGCUAAUAUUUAAAACAAAAUGUAUGUAAAUGUUACAAAAAAUAUAAAAUAGUACAUUAUGACAUGGAAAUAGGUGGUGGAUAAACUUGUAU